UUUUGCAAAUACAUUUGUUUCUUCAAGUUCGCUGAGUUGCAAAAAAGUUGUUUUAGCAGAUAAAUUACAUUGGAGAUAAGAAUUUUUAAAACCCUUCACAAUGCAGACUUGUCGAGCGUGCGGUCAAAGUGUUUAUGGCCAAAAUAACUAUGAAAGUUUGGAGAAAUAUGUCGAGGCAUACUUCAAUUUGACCACAAUUCAACUUCGCGAUUAUGAGGAUCCAAGUCAAUCAAAAGUGUGCAGUCGAUGUGUGGAAAAGCUGGACGAAUUCGAUCGCUUUCGAAAACUGUGCCUACAAGUUCACUGGCAAAUGCACAAGAUUAAAGUUGAAAUACCAGAAGAGGAAGUGUAUCGGGAAACAAUCUCAGUAGAAGUUGAAUGUAAGCCGGAAAUCCCAGAAGAAGAUCCAAUCCAACAUAUUGAUAUCGGUACAAGUGAAACGGAGAUGAAAAAUGAUGAUAACGACAAUUCUGGUGGUGAAGAUGAUACCGAUGAGAAUGACAAUGAUGAUGACUAUGACGAUGAUGAUGGUGGCGACAACGAUGAUAGUAAUGAUGAGAAUUACGAGGAACAAAAUGCUAACCCAAGAAAGAAUGAAAAACUUCGAUUGUCGAAGACAGAUGAAGGCGACGAAGUGCCACCGAAGCCUAAGAAGCCACGAGCGAAAUGGGGAAGUUUGAAGAAAAAAGAACCAAAAGAGCAACGAACAGUAUUCCCUUGUGACCGAUGCCCUAGGAAAUUUUUUGUUCUGUUUAGAUUCAACGCACACAAACGUACUCACGAUGGUCUAAAACCAUUUGAAUGUGAGGUUUGCGGAAGAGCUUUUUCGACCUCCAACAAUUUGAAGUUGCAUCGUAUUCAAAAGCAUAGCAACAAUAGAAUCUCCUUACCAUGUGAUCAUCCCGGGUGCGGGCAAAGAUUCGCAACGCGACUUGGACUUAACAGGCAUAGGAAUCGGGUUCAUAAUCCCGACUAUGUUAUGCCCGCUCAAACAGCUUUCAUUUGUGACAUGUGCGGUAAAAAGUUUACUACUAACGGAGGAUUGAAGAGACAUAAAUAUACCCACACUCCAGGGGAAAUGCCCUUCGUGUGCGGAAUCUGCUCUAAGCAAUUUCCAACCUCUAAUAAAUUAAAGGAACAUACCAUGCGCCAUGAAGGUGUGAAAAAUCAUACCUGCCCACAAUGUGGUCUUCGCAAAACAACUAUGCACGAAUUAAAAACUCACAUCAGAAAUAUGCAUUCGACAGAACCGCGUUCCUAUUCAUGUGAGGUUUGCGCACGACAGUUCAGUAACACAGGAAGUCUCGGUCUUCACAUUAAAAUUGUACAUUUAGGCGUCAAACCAUAUAUAUGCACGGUUUGCCAGUGGGCCUUCGGAAGAAGCGAUCAUCUCAAACGACAUAUGAAGAGCCAUAUGCGUGCUGGUCUUAUAAAGUCAACGUAAAAAACGCAUUGAUUAUUUGUAUAAGGUUAGGAUAUAAUGAAUAA